CGCCGCCCGCCCCGCACGGCUCCGUCCCGGCCAUGGCUCUGCGGCUGCUGCGCGGCGCGCCCGGGGCAACAAAGUCAUCACUUCUUUGCCACUUGCGGAGCAGUUCCAGCUCUAAGCCAGGAGGAAGAUCUGAAUCUGCUAAGCAGCCACUAAAGAAACCAAAGUUACCAGUAGGUCGGUUUGAUGAACCAGAAGAGUCCAGUAUGGAGAAGGAACCCUUGGAAAAAUUCCCUGAUGGAAUCAAUCCUACUACAAAAGAGAGGGGUGGACCUAGAGGCCCUGAACCUACACGUUUUGGAGACUGGGAGAGAAAAGGACGUUGUAUAGAUUUCUAAUAUUUAAAUGUCUAUAUUGCUAAUAAAGUAUUUAUAGUUGCUGAAAAAUAUAAUGUACAGAAAAAAUCUCACCUGGAUUUGUCAUGGAGCUUAUAGUUUUUGUCGUGCCACCUCUUUCUGUCAUGUGAUGAAUUUUCUGAAUGCAAUGUAAUUAAACACAGUGCUGCAGCUCGGAUUAUGGAACUGUAGUGGCUCAAUGUCUACCUGAUCUUUAAUACUGUUUGCACUGUGCAAAUAUAAAUGCAGGUAUGAAAUUGUGUAGUCAGGAGCUUGUAUUUCUUCAUGAAUGUAAAGAUUUAUGUAGUGUUGUAAAAGUGUUGAAAAAACUUUGCAUUUCAUGAUCCUGGACAUCAUUCAUCAAAAGUAGAACCAACUCUGAGGAGAUCAGUAAGUUACUGAUUUCAUACAGUGGUUCUCUGGUACAAGCCUGUUUAUUCAAGAACCUUCCCUCUGACCCCAUUGCAGUGAGUUGGGGGUUUCUUCCUUUUUGCAGGAAAGGGGUGUCUUGACUCUGAUUGAGGACUGCAAGUAGCACAAUGGAAAUGGAGGCCUAAUUUUAGAGAGGGUCAGCUCUCGAUGGCAAGUAGUGUAGAGAUGCUCUAUUUGCAAUUCUAGAACACUGUUCUUUAUCACCUGCCUUCUUCAUGCUAUUUGCAUUAUCUUUUCUUUUGUAAGUGGAAGUGCCCUUUUGCACAUGAGCUAAAUGCUGCUUGGGAAAAUGCAGCAUUACUGUCUGAAACCUUAUGGUCAAAGGGGACAAAUUCCAUUAGGUGAUCUUAUAUUGUAGGUCUUAAAACUAAGUUAUCUGGCAUCAAACUAAAUAUCUGUCAGUCAGACUGAGCUCAGUUCUUCAUUCAAGAACUUGCCUAGUCCCAAGUACUGUAGUAGUAGAGUGCAAAUCUACCACUUGUGUGGGUACUUACGAAUGAGAGUAAGAUGUCAUUAUUGAAAUGUGUGAACAUGUGUUCUGUUUCUGUGCAAGUUCUUUUUAAUAGCCUGAAAUGGAUCUUCUCUUUCUAGAGAAAGGAGUGGGGUUUGCAUUACUUUUGCUCUGUAUGGGCUUUGCCCAGCUUUGCCUUUGCCUGGUUUAACUAGAGCAAUAAAGUGUGUUGGUCUUGUCAAAAAUCUGACAGCCUCCCCUAAAACUCACCUGACUGGCAGCCAGUGGGGGAGCUCCUUGUUGAAAUCUGACAGUGUAUCCAGUGUGUAUGUUGGAGACAUAGUCUUGCUCUAGGUGUGAGUUUGGAUGUUUGUCUCACUGUGAUGAUUCCUUGCAAAAAUACUGAACCUAUUCACUUAUAGGUUUAUCAACCAAAUACCCCACUGACAAGCAAAAUGAGAAUAACAAAAGCCUGUUUCUCAUAAAAAGUGUUAAUUAGUGGUAAUUACAUUUUCAACCUUAAAUUCUGCAGCAUGGCUUGGAUAUUGGAAAAUUGAUUUGUAUUUAUAUCUAAUUCAUUCUGGUUUCUCUUCUGUGGAGUGACAGAUCUUUCCAAAAUCUAUUGACAUUUUCAGUUACCUAAAGAUAGACUGGAUCUGCUGUCUUUAAUAUAUGCUGUUUGUUAAUUAUUUCUAGUAAUGUUUUGUCUUUUCAGUCACUGGUGUGUUGGUAAAUACUUUUCUCACACAAUACACUGCCUUUUCAAAUAGGAAGUAAAAAUUUUAAUUGGAAACUUCUGCCUUUUCUGCAUCAUUAUUAAUAGGCUUAACAUCUUAAUUGUGAAGAGGCGGUAAAAUACUGCAGUUAUUUAUUUUUUAAUUCUAAAUCUUCUCCAUGGAUUGUUGCAUUACUUCAUUAUCUUCUCAUACCAGGUUUUACCCUUCCCAGCACACACUCCAUGAAUGUUUAUCUAGUUGCACUUCUUGGCAUUCCAGAUUUUCAAAUCUAAUUGCUUUCCUCAGUGUUGAGGAAUGCACUGCAGGUGCAUUCCUCCCUGGAUGCAGAAUUACGCUGUUUUGAUUUAGCAUACGAGGAACUGGUUUCAGUUUUCCAUCAUUUUCCUUACAUUUCAGUUGCUUAUCUUUGGUCUCCCUCAGUUUGUGAUUAAGGGCUGACCCAAGUAAUGUCCAGGCCCCUGUUUGUCUUCUUUCAUGUAGGUGAUGACUGCUGCUGUCAGAGCCACAGGUACAUAGUCCUUCCUGUCAGAGCUCAGGCAGGUCCUGGACACUCCCUGCCACUAUCCAUGAAGUACCUGGAUUUGGAAGGUAAUUCUGAGAGCACUAGCAUAUGUACUAUUAAGACAGUGUGUCUCAUAAAGGCAGGCAUUUUGCUUUCUUUCAAAAAACAGAAUCAGAAUAAAUGAAGUUGAAAUAGACCUCUAAGAUUAUCAAGUCCAACCAAUAACCCAGCACUGCCAAGUCUGCCACUAAAUCAUAUUCCUGAGUGCCACAUCUACACAUCUUCUAAGUACCUCCAGGGAUGGUGACUCAGUCACUUCCCUGGGCAGUCUGUUUUAAGCUUGACAGCCCUUUCAUUGAAGAAAUUUUUCCUAAAAUAAAAAGGCUGUUGUUAACUCAUGUUAUAAAUAGCUGAAAAGGAAUUGGUGCAUGGGAAAUAGAAACCACUUCAGUCCUGAGCAAAUUCAAGCCUUUUUUGCCAUCUUGCAGGCUGGUGCCAGUGACCAAGUAUUUGCUUAACUUGUUUAUGGAAUGUGUCAAUAAAGCAUAGGAAACUGAACACAUAAGCAAGAUAAAAUGUAAGAGUCAAAGAGUGAAUGCCAAGGAGCCCUCUUACGUUGUCUGGCAACCUGGCAUUUACCAAAAAGAGGAGCCCUGUACUCCAGUAACAGUUAAGCACAAAAUCCUAAAAAAAAAUAGUGCUGCAAAAUUGCUUGUGAUACCAGUCAAAAGUGAUCAGGGAUUGAAUGUAGCAAAUGAUACAAUGAUAUUGAAGGGUAUAAACAAUCAUCUUUGUUUUCCUUGCAGUGCCUGCAGUUAGGAAAGCAGCACUUAGGCAGUUUUUCAGAGCUGUCUUCCUGCUCUUCCCAGAUAAUUACUAUUAGAAAUACACUGGAAUAUAGCAUAUGGGUAAGAAAAUGGCAAGAGGAAUUAGCUAUUAGAUCAGCUAUAGAUAUGGUUUUAUUAUAAAUACUGAUCAUAUUUUUUUGUAGCUCUUUUUAUUAGCAUAAACAGUGAAGAGCAACAGGGAUUGUGUCCUAACAUUUUCUGUAAACUUUCUGGGAUGCAAAAGGAAAAUCGUUCUGUGUGUGUAAGCAAAUUCUUGCAGUACUGCAGGAUGCUUGCUGCUGUUUUGUUUUCUUUACUAAAAAUCUGUAUGUUAUGUUUCUGCAGUAGGUUUUCUCCUUUAAACUUGUUUCUGCUACUUGGUAUAGAUGCAUUUGGUGCAUUAUUAAAAUUAUGAAAUCUUUAUUGUUUGAGGGAGUUGCACCAUAAAUACAUGAAGUUUCAAUUUACAGUGAAAGAAAAUAUUUGCUAUAUAUUGCCUUGUUUGGAAAGUAUGUAUUUCAGUGUUGAUUUUAUUAAAUUGAAACACAGGAUACAUAAUACAAUCACAGUAAAAUUCUAUGUGAUGGUAGCAUAUGUUUGUAAAGCACCACAGAAUCGUGUUAUAAAUCUUUACUACUUUUUCAGUUGACUGCAAUAAAUGAUGACAAAUUCCA